AUGUCAGGAUACUCCUGGCCAUGGCUUGUAAUUUCGCUUCCUGCGUCUCAUUUUUCAUAUUUUACCGCUUUGAGUGCCAUUUUGGCAAACUGCAAGCUGGAAACGGCAACGGCAACUGGCCAACAAGGUAAACAGACAAUUUCUCAAGCGUCUAAUGCCCUGACUUAUUGUUGA